GCACCCAUGUUCACCUCCAUAUGCUAUGAGGCAAACGUUACAGAAGACAGUCCAACUGGGACAUCUGUGUUAACUGUAAGUGCUUUGGACUGGGAUUCUGUACUGUACUGGGAUCGAUUCAUCUUCAGGAUUGUAGAUGGAAACACAAACUCCUCUUUCUCCAUUGAUCCAUUUAGUGGUAUUGUCUUAGUAAACUCUCCUCUUGACAGGGAAUUGUGGCCAGUUUAUAAUCUCACUGUUACAGCCACUGAUAAUGGUUCUCCACCAGCCACUGGAAAAACAAAUAUUAUUGUGAGUAUAGUUGAUAUUAAUGACAAUGCCCCCAAACUCAUGACAACUAAGAUUCAAGUGAGAGAAAAUAAACCUGAAGGAACUAUAGUCGCCAGAUUAAAUGCAUUUGAUUUUGAUUCACCACCAAAUCAAGGUCCUUUUACCUUUUGGUUAUCAAAUUUGUCAGCAGAAAGUGCCUUUUUUCUCACCCUAGAUGGAGUUUUACUCACCACACGCAUUAUUGAUCGAGAGCAUGUCUCUAAAUAUCAAUUACUUGUGGUAGUUAAAGAUGCAGGAUCUCCUCUGCCUCUGUCUUCAACAACAACACUCCACAUUUGGGUGGAAGAUGAAAACGAUAACCCCCCCUUACCACGAAACAUCUUUAUUGAGGUAAAAUAUUUCGGCAGUUCUUUUAAUGGUGGCAUGAUUGGUAAUGUGCAUCCUGAGGAUCCUGAUGAGUCUGAUGCAUUCCUCUGUGCCAUUAAAAGUAGCCCGAUGAACAUGUUCACGAUAUCCAAUGGUACCUGUGAGCUAUGGUCGACCCCUUUUCAGGGCGAAGCAACUUUUAACGUCACAGUUGAAGCUACAGAUCAGGUCCACUUUCCAGUAAAUAACAGUAUCUAUGUAAACUACAAAGGUUUUACAAAUGCAUCAUUGGAUAGUUGUAUAUUUUUCUAUGUGUCCUCAUCCUCAGUGGAGAACUUUUUAACUAGUAAGUAUUUGAAGUUUGUGAAAGCCCUGGACAGUCUCUUUAACCUGCAGGCAUCAAAGACGCAUGUAUUUGGAAUUAAACAAAUUGGCAUGGAGAUACUACUACUUGCUGCGGUGAAAAACUACAAUGGGCAAUAUUUAAGCAGAGAGGUCGCAAGUAGUAUAUCUACUGGACAUAAGAAGUUACUGGAAUCCCAGAGCAAUGUGACAAUUUCUCACAUCACCAGUGAUCCAUGCCUCAUGAGCCCCUGCCAGAAUGGGGCAUCAUGCAACAAAAACAUUUACAUCAGCCAGGAUGUUGCUGUCCUGGAAAGCAUGGCUGUCAUAUUUGUGUCACCAAAGAAAGAGAUUUUUAAUUGUACCUGUUUGGUCGGGUUCAGCAGUUCCCUCUGUGAAGAUGACAUUGACGAAUGUGAAGUGAAUCCCUGUGAAAAUAACAGCACGUGUGAAAACACUGCAGGAAGUUUCCGCUGUCACUGUCAGAGCGGCUUCUCUGGCUCUGUCUGCUCGGCUGAUGUGGAUGAGUGCCUUAAGGUGAAGUGUCAAAAUGGUGGGACAUGUGUUCAGACACAGGAGAGAUUUUACUGUCAGUGUGUGCCUGGAUUUGAAGGAGAAAGGUGUGAACAGCUGAAAGAUCACUGCAGAUCUACACCAUGUUUUCAGGGCAGCUGCAUUAACCUACAAACAGGAUUCAUCUGUAACUGUCCCUUUGGAGUGAAUGGUGUCCACUGUGAGGUGCAAAGUUAUGGCUUUGAAGAAAUGUCCUUUGUGGAGUUUCCCCCACUGGAUCGCAGGACUAAUUUAAUUUAUUUUGAGUUUGCAACAGUGCAGAGAGACUCCCUCCUUGUGUACAAUCCUGGAACAUUGUCUAGCAGGGAAUUCUUUGCACUGGAGAUACUUCAUGGCGCCAUACAACUCUCUUAUGACCUGGGCUCUGGAACUGUAAAGUUGCAGACACACAAACAAGUUGCAGAUGGGCAUUUUCACAGCAUUACUGUCAGGAGGAUCGGUAAUAUUGGGUCUUUGCUUGUGGACAACUGUACAGAUCUUGUGAACAAUGGAUUUUGUUUUUCAGAGAGUGAUGGCAUUAUCUCAGAAAGGACUCUUGACAUUGGCAACACUAAUAUGACAUUUGGAGGACUGAGAAGUAUGGAAUUAAUUUUACAACAUGCAAGUCAGAUAAAAACACAUGAUUUUGUUGGAUGCAUUCGAAAUAUUCACAUUAACGGCAUCCUACUGAGGCCUUCUUUGGGGCUUGCAACAUAUAAUGUCUUCAACAGGUGUCUUCGAACAGCAUUGUCAGGAUGCAACAGCUCCCCAUGCAAGAAUGGGGGAGUGUGCCAUGACCUUUGGUCUGACUAUGUGUGUGAGUGCAAAACUCCCUUUACAGGAAGAAACUGUGGUACAGGAAUAUCUGAAGAGCUUGUACUGAGCUUUAAGGGAGGUGAUUACAUUGAGUAUGUCAUUAAAGAGAGAUUCAAGAGAGACCUUCUGUUUAAAGGCCUGAUGGAUGAUGCAAAACAGGAAAAUACAACAGACCAAACUCUGAUUACCAUCAAGUUCAAAACAAAAGAAGAAGGGACCUUACUCGUUAUUCUUGGAAAGAGAGGAAACAUUAUGUUGAUGGUCUGUAAAAAAGUGUAUUUAAUAUGUGGUCAUGAUAUAUCUGAGUAUAUUUAA